AUGUCUCAGUGGAAUCAAGUUCAACAACUGGAAAUCAAGUUUUUGGAGCAAGUAGAUCAAUUCUAUGAUGAUACUUUCCCCAUGGAAGUUCGACAUCUCCUGGCCCAGUGGAUUGAAGGCCAGGAUUGGGAAGCAGCUUCAAACAAUGAGACCAUGGCAAUGAUUCUCUUGCAAAACCUGCUACUGCAACUGGAUGAGCAGUUGGGUCGGGUUGCCCAAGAGAAGAACCUGCUUUUGAUACAUAAUUUAAAAAGAAUCAGGAAACUACUUCAGGGAAAAUACCAUGGAAAUCCUAUGCACAUAGCAGUAGUUAUUUCCAAUUGUUUAAGAGAAGAAAGAAGAAUAUUGGCUGCAGCCAGCAUGCCUGUACAGGGACCCCUGGAAAAGUCCUUGCAGAGCUCUGUGGUUUCAGAAAGGCAGAGAAAUGUGGAGCACAAAGUGGCUGCCAUCAGAAACAGUGUACAGAUGACAGAACAAGAUGUCAAGUAUUUAGAAGAUUUGCAAGAUGAAUUUGACUACAGGUAUAAAACAAUACAGACCAUAGACCAAGGUGACAAAAACAGCAUUCUCGUGAAGCAGGAAGUUUUGACAUUGCAAGACAUGCUCAAUACACUAGACUUCAAAAGAAAGGAAGUCCUCAGCAAAAUAACACAAAUAAUAAGUGAAAUUGACACCUUGAUGAAGAGCAUGCUGCUAGAAGAACUGCUUGAUUGGAAGAGACGUCAGCAAAUUGCCUGUAUUGGCGGUCCAUUGCAUAGUGGCCUUGAUCAGCUUCAAAACUGUUUUACCCUGUUAGCAGAAAGUCUUUUCCAAGUCAGAAGGCAGAUGGAAAAGCUAGAUGAGCAAUCCACCAAAGUGUCAUAUGAAGGCGAUCCUAUUCCAUUGCAAAGGCCUCAUUUGCAAGAACAAAUCAACUUCUUAAUCUACAACCUUUUCCGAAACUCAUUUGUGGUCGAACGACAGCCAUGCAUGCCAACCCACCCCCAGAGACCUCUGGUACUUAAAACCCUCAUACAAUUCACCGUGAAACUAAGACUUCUGAUUAAAUUGCCUGAACUGAACUAUCAGAUAAAAGUUAAAGCAACUAUUGACAAGAAUGUUUCGACUGUAAGCAACCGUAGGUUCAUCCUUUGUGGAACACAUGUCAAAGCCAUGAACAUGGAAGAAUCUUCCAAUGGUAGUCUCUCAGUGGAAUUUCGACACUUGCAACCAAAGGAAAUGAAGUCCAGCGCUGGAGGCAAAGGCAAUGAGGGUCCUCAUAUGGUAACAGAAGAGCUUCAUUCUAUAAGCUUUGAAACGCAGAUCUGCCUGUAUGGCUUGACCAUAGAUUUGGAGACAAAUUCAUUACCUGUUGUCAUGAUUUCCAAUGUUAGUCAAUUACCUAAUGCUUGGGCCUCGAUAAUUUGGUACAACUUAUCAACCAAUGAUUCCCAGAACUUGGUUUUCUUUAAUAAUCCUCCAACGGCUGCUUUGAGUCAGUUGUUAGAAGUUCUGAGCUGGCAAUUUUCAUCAUAUGUUGGACGAGGUCUUAACUCAGACCAACUCAAUAUGUUGGCUGAGAAACUCACAGUGCAACAAGCUAGCUACAAUGAUGGUCAGCUCUCUUGGGCCAAGUUCUGCAAGGAGCACUUACCUGGCAAGGCAUUUACCUUUUGGGUAUGGCUUGAAGCAAUCCUGGAUUUAAUUAAAAAGCACAUUCUCCCUCUUUGGAUUGAUGGGUAUGUAAUGGGCUUUGUAAGCAAGGAGAAGGAGCGGGUCUUGCUGAAGGAUAAGAUGCCAGGAACAUUUUUAUUAAGAUUCAGUGAAAGCAACCUUGGAGGUAUUACCUUUACUUGGGUGGACCAAUCAGAAAAUGGAGAAGUUAGAUUCCAUUCUGUAGAGCCCUACAAUAAAGGCCGCUUAGCAGCUUUGCCAUUUGCUGACAUUCUUCGAGACUACAAAGUUAUUAUGGCUGAAAAUGUCCCUGAAAAUCCACUGAAGUUUUUAUAUCCUGACAUUCCCAAAGAUAAAGCAUUUGGUAAACACUACAGCUCUCAGCCAAAUGAAGUUUCAAGACCCACUGAGAGAGAUGACAAGGGUUACGUUCCCUCUGUAUUUAUCCCUAUCUCAACAAUCCGAAAUGAUUGUACUGAGCCGCACUCUCCAUCAGACCUUCUUCCCAUGUCUCCAAGUGUAUAUGCAGUGCUGAGAGAACACCUGAGCCCCACAGUCAUUGAAACUGCUAUGAGCUCUCCAUGUUCUGCUGACUGAUGAGAUACUCUUCAG